GCGGUGCCCAGCACAGGCCGGACGGCCGCAGCCCUGGAAUUCCUGCGGGUGCACCGGCCGCGGGGGCUCCUCGCUGCCACAACCGGGUCACAAGCCUGACAAGGCGGCGGGUGUGGCCGGCCCUCCCCGGGCCGCCGAGCCCGAUCCGUCCCCUGGCUCCCGCGGGGCCUCGGCCUCCAGGAAUUUGGGCCGAGUGGCAGAGACGUCGCCGGCGGAGACAGCCACCACCGCCGUCCUCCCCGGGCCGUCUUGUGAUUCGGAGCGGGCUCUGCUCCACUUUUUAAAAAGGGGAGCACAUCCAUGCAGCAGGCGCACACACACGGGACGGAGCCGGGGCCCGCGGGAGGCCGGGCGAGCGGCCGUCGGAAGCCCCCGCCAUGCGGCCCGCCCUGCUCGCGCUCCUCCUCCUCCUGCUUCCCUCCUGCCUCCCCGGGGCGCGGGGCGGCCUCCGCGAGGACCUGGGCCUGCUGAGGACCCAGCUUGCGCUCCGCCUCUACCGGGACACGGCGGCGGCGCCCAGCAAUGGAACCAACGUGGUCAUUUCCCCGGCCGGCGUGUCCCUGGCUCUGGAGAUCCUGCAGUUCGCGGCCCAGGGGGACACUGCGCGGCAGCUGGUGCAGGCGCUGGGCUACUCGCUCCACGCCCCACAGGUGAGCACGUCCGUCCGCAGCGCCUAUGCCGCCCUGCGCAGCCCUGGCCGCGGCCCGCAGGUGGAGCUGGCCUGCACCAUGUUCGUGCAUCCGGGCGCAGCCGUGUCGCCCUGCUUCAUGGAGCGUGUGUCGCGCUGGGCCAACAGCAGCCUGCAGCCGGCGCCGCCCCGUGAGCCCCGCGGCCCGCCCACGCGCUCAGGUGAGCGCAGCCGGGCUGUCCCCGCAGGUGGCGGCCCCACGGGCCCCGAGUCGGGGCAGGCCGAGGCAGCGUGGGCCCGGCUGGCACUGCUGAGCACCAUGUCCUUCCGGAGCACCUGGCGCCGCGGGUUCGCUCCCGCUGACACCCAGCCACUGCCCUUCGCGGGCGUGCGGGGCCUGGCGCUGCAGGUGCCCACGAUGCACCAGACGGCAGAGGUCAACUACGGCCAGUUCCAGGACCCUGUGGGCCAUCAGGUGCAGGUGCUGGAGCUGCCCUACCUGGGAAGUACCGCGAGUCUGCUUCUGGUGCGGCCGCGCGACAAGGACACCCCGCUGAGCCACAUCGAGCCCCACCUCACAGCCAGCGUCCUGCACACCUGGAUGUCCAGCCUCACGAGAGCCAGAAUGGACGUGUUCCUUCCCAGAUUCAGGAUCGAAAAUCACUUCAAUUUGAAACCCAUUUUAAAUUCUUGGGGAGUCACCGAUCUUUUUGAUCCACUCAAAGCCAACUUGAAAGGAAUUUCAGGCCAAGAUGGUUUUUACGUUUCUGAAGCAAUUCAUAAAGCCAAGAUGGAGGUUUCAGAGGAAGGCACCAAGGCAUCUACAGCCACAGCUCUGUUGUUACUGAAAAGGUCUCGGAUUCCUUUUUUUAAGGCGGAUCGGCCAUUCUUCUUUUUCCUGAGAGAACCCGACACAGGAUUUGUCUUCAGCAUUGGGAGAGUUUCAAAUCCCCUAGACUAAAUUACGAGAUCUCAAGCAUGUUCUCCACUUUCAUCUAUGCUUUUCUUCAUAAAAAGUUACAACUGCAUUCUGCUAUACCCUUGAAAUUUUAAAAAUGUUUUGCUAAAGUGUAAAAAGAUAAGGGUAUGUGAUUUUCAAAUAUUAUGAAACUAAAAUUCCAUUGAUUUUACUAUAA